AUGUCCGACGACGAAAACGACCAAGCCAGCACCACCCCCUCCUACGAGACCAACACUAAACCAUUCUCAAACAGCUUUUACGAAGAGCACACCUCCGGAUACUCUUCCAACGACCUCACAGGCGCCAUCAACGAAAUGGCCGGCAGCGUCGUCGAAACGGUCAUCACCCAAUUUCCCGAACUGGACACUGAGCGCAAGAGCGCGCUGGUCAAUGACAUGAUUGCGCGUAACCUUCGACGGGCGGGAAUGUCGGUGAACUGUGUGGAGAUGUCUAUCAAUGGGAGUGCUUUCGCUCCAACGGUGUGGUCGGUGGAGGUGCAGGAGGAUGGAGCCGAGGAUGAAGCGGUGGAAGGAGGGCUAGGGGUAGAGAAUCUGAACAUCAGUUGA